UGCUGCGAAUUUAAACUGGUCACCGUUAGUUUAAUUAUUUUCAUAUUAAGUAUUAAAGAAAUGUCUCGACUAAUCAAUGUGGUGGUGAUUUUGUGCAUGGCACUUGCGGCCACGGCUCAAGACUAUGACGAAUACUAUACGGGAAAUUCAGGAAAGCCACGUCCAGCGCCAAUCCGCCUGCGCCAGGGAAAUGAGCCAGCUCCGACUCCUGUGCCAAUUCUUAAACAGAUAAACAGGCACAAUGAAGACGGUUCUUACACGUACGGCUACGAAGGAGCUGACGGCUCGUUCAAGAUCGAGACCAAGUCGCCCACCGGUGAGGUGAAGGGAAAGUAUGGGUACGUGGAUGAGACCGGAAAGGUGCGCGUCGUGGAGUAUGGCGCCAACAAGUUCGGCUUCCAGCCGUCCGGAGAGGGAAUCACCGUCGCCCCACCCACGCUAGUCGACGAGACGACCAACAAGGACGGCCUGACCGUGGACUAUGAGGACGAGCCGCAGCCCCAGAAGCCUUACAUCGCCAGAGUGGCGCGGCCCCAGCAGGUGCGACCCAGACCCCAACCUCAGCAGCAGUUCGUGGAAUAUGAGCACAUCCAGCCACAGGCGAGGGCUCCAGUGCAGCACGCCAGACCUGUUCAGCUGGCCAGGCAGCACUACUCCGAAUCACCCGUGCCAGCGCGCGCCCAAGUCGCCGGCGCCGUGCCCGCUUCCGAUGUCGUCUACUCGCGAGAGCAGCGGCCAGCUCGCCCUGAUCCAGCCUACAGCCAGCGCCACACAUUCUCAGGCUUCGGAUCGGGCAUUCCCUCCCAGCAAGACGCCAACCUUGCCUACCAGUCGCAAGCGCCGCAAGAGGUGCAAUACUCUGCUCCACGAGCUGCCGUUCCCGCGCCCACAUAUUCCCGCCCACAGGCCGGAAGGAGCGCGAGUCUCCUCGACCAGCUGGCCAAGGACUACGCCCUGCCACAGAACGGCGCAGCUCCCCUGCAUGACAUCACCUUCGGAUAUUACUAAGUGAAUUUAUGGCUUGCCUUGUAACAGGCGAGAAAGGAGCCAAGAAUCAUCAACAAGGCUCAUGACGCGUUUUGUAAAUUUCUAGAUAAUCAUUAUUGAUUGCUAUAUUUAAUAAAACCUGGAUUUUUUUUUAA